ACAAGUACAACUAUUAGAGAGUGAACAUUUCAAUAGCUCCAUUAUUUUCUCUCUUAUUAUGGGUUAUCGACUUCAUCAUUAUAAUCACUUUCUCCCCAUUUCUAGGACUCCCUUCUCCAACCCUUUUCCUCCCCUUUUCUCUUUUCCCUUCAUUAACAGAGUGUGGUGUGGCAGUCAGAGUGGUAAAAAUCAGGCACAAAUGGAGCAAAUAGUAGUGAAUGGAUCAGAGUUAUCACAAGUUGUAGUGGAUGAUUCUAAUUUAUUGCAAAAGAAAAUAUCUGCAAUUCGCUUGGCGGGUCCUGCAAAACUACAGGUAAUUGCAGAUUUUGAUGCCACAUUGACAAAAUACUGGGUCGAUGGUUGUCGAGGCCAAAGCAGUCAUAACGUUUUACAGCAGGAGGAUCCUGAGUACAAUGACAAGAGGCAGAAGUUAUAUGAGUAUUAUCAUCCCUUGGAAUUUGAUCCGGCAAUUCCCCUUGAUGAGAAAACCAAGCUCAUGGAAGAGUGGUGGGGAAAAACACAUGCUCUUCUCAUUGAAGGAGGCGUUACAUACAAUGGAAUUCAAAAUUCUGUGGCUAAAGCCACAGUUGCAUUCAGGGAUGGUGUAACUGAACUUUUUGAACUUUUGGAGGAAAAAGGUGUUCCUGUUCUCAUAUUCUCCGCAGGUUUAGCUGACAUAAUAGAAGAGGUUCUGAAGCAGAAAUUUCAUAGAUCUUUCAAGAAUGUUAGAAUUGUUUCCAACAGGAUGGUGUUUGACGAAAAUGGUCGCCUACAUUCAUUUAAAGGUAAGACGAUCCAUGUACUCAACAAGAAUGAGCAUGCACUUGACAUGGCUGUACCAGUUCAUGAUCGCUGUGAUGACAUGAAUGGACUGGGUGAUGAGAAAUCUGCAUUAAAGAAGAGAACUAAUGUGCUACUUCUUGGUGACCACAUUGGAGAUUUGGGAAUGUCUGAUGGCUUAGACUAUGAAACAAGAAUAUCUGUGGGUUUUCUGAAUGACAGAGUGGAAAAUUCUCUAGAAAGCUACCGAAAAGCUUUUGACAUUCUCUAUCUGAAUGAUGCAUCCAUGCACGGCGUAGUCAAGCUUGCCUCUCAUCUCUGUUCAACAGAAAGUAAUUGAAUUGCAUGCAUUGCUCCUCGCAAGAGACUAUUUUCCUUGCUUGGAUUGGCAAACAACACGAAUGACCUCUACUUUCUUACAUUCUUACAAGAAAUCGUGUCAAGAAAAUCUCCAUUCAAGAUGCAUAGCAGCACUCCUAAUAUCGACAGCUUCUUUUUGGCGCCAUCAGGCACUACCCUAAAUCUAGGCAUGUUUUACAGGCUUCACAUAAAGAGAAUGGAGUGAAAUCUCAGGCUCAGAGAAGAUUGGUUCACAGCAUUAAGAGACCACCUAUCUUACAAAGUACCAUUGAUACCUCUAAGUUGCUACUAGGAUCGGUGUAAUUCCUUUUACGGUGUUUAUUUCCUUGUUUGAGUAUGAGCCUGUAAUCCUUCUCUCUCUCUCUCUCAGAUGAUUGUUUUUGUUUCUCUUUUCGAAUUUAUCUUCCACAAAACAUUCAGAUUAAAUUAUACAUUAUUUGGCAUCACAUUGUUAGAGCAAUGUUUCCUGGGGAAACUACCCGUGGCAGAUGAUGCGAGUUUGACGGUCCAAAUUACAAAAGGAAAGAGUGAGUUCCUGGUUGUUAUUCAA